AUGUUUCGUUCAGUAAUCACACCGAUAGCUUUGGCUUCUAAAAGAGUUGCCACCUUUCCAAUAUGUUAUCAACGACUUAUGAUAGUUAAAAGACAAGAUUUGACCAGUUUCUUGUUUCUUAAGUCCAUCAUUUCUCACCAAUUCACAACUGGAUCAUAUAGAUUAUUACAGCAAUCUCCCCUUAACUCUCGAACUGCUCAACAAAAUAGUGAGAAUAAAUUGGAGUUACAAAUCCCACCUGAAAUAUUAUUGGACACACGUCAUCCCGAACCAAUUCGUCAUGAAGUCAUCGUAUCUGAAAAACCAUUGAAAACAAAUGAUCUUGAAAAUUUUGAUGUUAAACUUAAUUUUCAUCGUGAACCUUCUACCAUAUCCGAUAGGAUCGCUUAUUAUUUUGUUAAGCUGUUGAGACUCCCUACUGAUUUUAUGCACUUGAUGACUUGGAUGCGUAUCUCUCAACCUAAUGCAUGGGAACGCGCUCUAAUUACUUUCGUUCAAGGUGUUUUCUAUAAUGCAUUCUUUGCUUUAUACUUGCUUAGCCCAAAAACAGCACAUCGUGUUGUUGGCUACCUUGAAGAAGAAGCCAUAGUCAGUUAUACCUCUUUUCUUAAAGAAAUUGAUGCGGGUAAUAUUCAAAACACGAAAGAUGUUCCUGAUAUAGCUAUCGACUACUGGCAUCUUGAUCGUGAAACAGCGACUUUACGCGAUGUAGUUUUGGCGAUCCGUGCUGAUGAAGCUACUCAUCGUGACACGAAUCAUCACUUUGCUGACCGAAUUGUGCUUAGUCGCGAAGAUUUAAGAGAAGAUAUUAAUCGUGCAAUUGCCAAUGAGCCAUAUAAAUUUGGUGAGAAACUUGGAAAAGUUGCAGGGUUUAGCAAUACCGCUAAUGAGAAAUGGGUGAAGUAA